AUGUCAAGUUCACGAGUACAAUACACACCUCCUCCAUCGCCGUCGCCCACGGCUUCGUUCUACGACGUCAGCGACGACGAGGAGGACGAAUACAACACCAUCGCCCAUUCGGCGUCGGGGAGAGGCGUCAAGUUACUAUUUUCCAAGAGCAAAGUCUACGUCCAUCCGUCCCCCUCCGCCAAAGAUAACAUCCCCGGCUUUAUCGCUCUCAUCCAGCAAAAACCCGCCCAUCGUCCUGCAGAGCCCGCCAGCUCAUCGAAACGCUCCGAUCCUUCCUCCUAUCUUCUCGCUUGGGUUCCCGAAUCUUCCCUUGGCGAUGCAUAUAAUACCUACGUGAAAGUCGAUUUAUCCGAUGAAGGAUCAACGCCGCGACAGAGAUACCUGGUGCCUCCCUUGCCGACGACGACGACUCUCAAAGAUCCCGUCGGUUUAUAUGCAUUUGCGGUACCGUUAUCGGAAAUAUACUCGCUGCUCGUGCGCCCGCCUAGUCUAGGAUGGUGGUUUGGGAGUUUAGUGAUUAACACCCGUCUCGGCGAUAGCUUCCCCGCGCUCUUUUUCCACGACAGCGAGUGCGAGUCAACAAUCGUGCAGAAGAAGAAAAAGACCAAGGAGACUUUCGAUCCGUUCAGCGACGAUGGAAGCAUGUUCUGGGGUGGCGAUGAAGUGCUCAAGUGGCUCCGGAAUUACGUCAACGUGCAGCGCUCGGAGGUCGAGAAGAACGCGUACCUGAUCAACCCGUCGGAUGAAGAUCUGGUCUCGUUUGGAAGUCCGAUGAUGAGGGAGGAAAACGCGGAACAAGAAAAUCAGGGCGGGAUGGAUCCGUUUAUGAAGACGCUCAAGGAGACGAGAUGGAAGGUGCUUGAGCAGUUGAGCAAGAUCACUACCUUUACGAAACGGACCGCCAACGAUAUCGCUGAAAAUCCUCGCAUUCCGCCGCAGAUUCGUCGUCUUAUGAAGAACCCUCAGGUUCAGACGUUGCAGGAUGAGUUUGAUAGCGCGAGGAUAUACCUGGCACGUUGGGCCAUGAGUCUUGCAGAACAGAGUGAGAGGGAGCGGAGUCAGCGGAUAUGGACUGCAAAGGAUGUUCUCGAGAUGGAGGACAGCUCGGUGGGAGAGUUUGAGAUUCUAGAAAUGGAGACUGGGACGAUGGGUAUCCACGAACGACGCAAGAUUGUCACCCUGGAAGAGUGGAAGGGAUUCUUCGAUAUUUCUGGACGGCUACAGGUGACAAUUGACGAGGUCACGGAGAGAAUCUUCCACGGAGGUUUGGAUCCGAACGACGGCGUCCGAAAGGAUGCAUGGCUUUUCCUUCUCGGGGUGUACCCGUGGGACAGCAGCCAUGACGAGCGUCAGGCGCUGAUGAACUCGAAACGGGAUGAGUAUAUUCGUCUAAAAGGCGCCUGGUGGGAGAGAAUGAUUGAGGGGACUUCUACGGCCGAGGAAUUUGAUCACUGGAAAGAGCAGAGGAACCGGAUUGAAAAAGAUGUCCACCGGACAGACCGCACGAUUCCAUUGUUUGCAGGAGAAGACAUCCCCCAUCCGGACCCCGACUCGCCAUUCGCAGAUACAGGCACGAACGUCCACAUGGAACAGAUGAAAGACAUGCUCCUGACCUAUAACGAAUACAACCCCGACCUGGGCUACGUACAAGGCAUGAGCGAUCUCCUCGCCCCUCUUUACGCUGUCAUGCAAGACGACGCCGUCGCUUUCUGGGCAUUCGUCGGGUUUAUGGACAGAAUGCAGGAACACAACUUCCUCCGUGACCAAUCCGGCAUGCGCACCCAACUCCUCACCAUCGACCACCUCGUCCAACUCAUGGAUCCUCAACUCUACCUGCACCUCCAAUCCGCCGACAGCACCAACUUUUUUUUCUUCUUCCGCAUGUUGCUAGUCUGGUACAAGCGCGAAUUCGAAUGGGCAGACGUUCUCCGUCUCUGGGAAUCCCUCUGGACAGACUAUCUCUCCAGCAGCUUCCAUCUCUUCUUCGCCUUGGCUAUCCUCGAAAAACAUCGCGAUGUCAUCAUGGAUCAUCUGAAGCAUUUUGACGAGGUUCUUAAGUACAUAAACGAGCUCUCCAACUCAAUGGAACUAACCCCCCUCCUCACCCGCGCCGAAUCCCUCUUCCGCCGCUUCGAGCGCACAGUCCAAGCAAUCGACAAAAAGAACAACUUCCCCUCCGCCCCCACCGCGCACCGCCGAAAACCUUCGCAAACGGAUAAAGGGAAAUCAAGAGCUCCAGAGGGAUCAAGUACCGGCGUUAGUGCUGGCGCUAGUACUAGUACUCAGCCUGGAGAUAGUGAGGAUGCUGAGGCGAAGGUUAUUUCACCGGAGUUGAGGAUAUUGUUGAGGAGGGAUAUUCCGUGGAGGAGGCAGGUUAGGGUUGAGGAGAAGAAGCCGGCUUAG